UCAAUUCAUGGAAUAGUGUCUUCUGUGCAAAUUUUAAGAAAGUGAACAGUGGAAAUGACAAAUUAGGUUAUUUGAUACAUAAAAUAAUGUUUAUUUAUGCUUUAUUUGUUUUUUGUAUAAUCCUAGAUGGGCUGUGACUUAAAGUUGAAUUGCUUUGUAGAAACACUGAGAUGAAGUCUUAGUUCAUUAUGUUCUCUAUGGUGUUUUUGAAACUGCACCAUUUUUUCCCUCCAAAUUUGCCACUAACUUGAAAUGUUUUUAGAAUGUGCUUGUUUUAUUUUGGGCCGAAGUAAAACAAAGAAAACAAUCUGAAGUUGUCGUAGUUGUAUUUUUAAAGUAAUUAUGCCAUGAUUUUACCCGUCCGGCCCCCGUGGGAAUAGAUGGUUUUCCAUGCGGUUUAUUUAUACACAAUAAUGUUACAAUUCAGUGGAUUAUACUUUACAUAUUGCCUCACACAGGAGAGUGAGCAGGAACAAAAAAAGGGCCGCAUGGAUUUUGGAAUGCCUUUUCCGUCCAAUUUUGUUCUCGCAGAGGUCAGGUAGAGGAAAGAAUACCCGGCACACAGGUGGUCCGAGGUCAUGGAGGGAGUAAGGAAAGGGGGUUAGUGUAUGUGUGUUGGCAUGUGGAGGUCGUUCUUCCCUCCCAUCGGGCUUUCAAUUGGGCCUUUCUUGAGCUGCCAAAGCCAGAAGCAGAGCAGUUGAGUCUCCGGUCGCUUUUACAGAAGCCGUAGUUGAGCGGCGUCCAAAGACCACACGUUGGUAUUGUGUUCCGUAAGCGGCGUCCCAAGGUUACCAGGCGAGCUGCUGUGCGAAGAGCAAAUCAGCUGGCUUAUAUUUAGCCUUGCAAAUGGCGCUCUGUGGAUUAUGUCUUGCGACUCUCCGGUUUCGUCUUCAGCGAGUGUGUUUGCGAGCAUGACUGGGGCUCCGGUCCGUGCUAUUCAGGUGAGGCUCCCAGUGUCGUGUUCUUCCGCACCGGCUCGUCUUCCAGGCAUUUUUUCGCUCCCCCCUUGGCACAGCGAAAGAUAUUUACAGAGGUGAGGAGAGCAGCAAAUCCACUUGUGUCAGGACGUGGGGACGACCAGUCCAGUCUCUUUAGGGGCGGGGGAUCAUGGAUGUUCUGGCCUUAGAGGCAAAGAAUGUGAACGGUGCAGAACCAGAGAAGAAGGCUGCGUCCAGGCCCAGACCUAAACCUCCAAAAAAGCCCAAAAGGAUUGUGUACUUUGAGGUAGAGAUUGUGGAUGUUAAGACCAAGGAGAAACUUCUACUCCUGGACAAGGUGGAGCCAACCGCCACGGUUCUGGAUAUCAAGGCCCUUUUUCAUAAAUCAUAUCCUAAGUGGCACCCGGCCAGACAAUCCCUGCGCCUGGAUCCAAAGACUAAAUGUCUCAGGGAUGAAGAAGUUCUCCAAACCCUUCCUGUGGGAACCACAGCGAGCUUUUACUUCAGCGACCUCGGACCUCAACUCACAUGGGGAACAGUGUUCCUGGCAGAGUGUCUCGGCCCACUGCUCAUCUAUUUAAUGUUCUACUUCCGCCUCCCCUUCAUCUACGCUCCAAAAUAUGACUUUACCAGCAGCAAACACUGGGUGGUACAUUCUGCUUGCAUCUGUCACUCCUUCCAUUACAUCAAGAGGGUUCUGGAGACACUGUUUGUCCACCGCAUCUCCCACGGGACCAUGCCUCUGAGGAACAUAUUUAAGAAUUGUGGCUAUUACUGGUGCAUGGCAGCCUGGAUGGCGUACCACAUCAACCACCCUCUCUACACCACGCCUUUUUACGGGCAGCAACAGGUCAAUGUAGGACUUUACAUGUUCUGGUUCUGCCAAAUAGGGAAUUUCUCCAUCCAUGUUGCUCUUCGUAACCUGAAACCACCAGGUUCAAAAGUGAAAAAGAUUCCUUACCCGACGAAAAAUCCGUUCACGUGGAUUUUCUGGCUGGUGUCGUGUCCAAACUACACCUAUGAGCUGGGCUCGUGGAUAGGCUUCAGCGUGAUGACGCAAUGUGUCCCCGUGGCUCUCUUCACUGUGGUGGCCUUGGUCCAGAUGAGCGUGUGGGCUCGAGGGAAACACCGCGGCUACUUGAAGGAGUUUAAGGAUUAUCCCACCCUGCGCUCCUCAAUACUGCCCUUCAUCCUUUAGGGCAGGGACCACCCUGCUCCCUCCAGUCCAAGCUCGAAGCAGACUUGGGCUGGUUUAAAGUCUUAAUUGACUGUUGUUGACAAGAAGAUGCAUUUAAAAAAGAAAAAAAGAAAAAGGUAAUUGUCUUCUAUUUAGAUUUUCGCAGCAGACCCAUGUGUGACCGUGGUCAUCAAGCACACGCUGUGCUCAUUUUUGGGGUCCAGAACCAAGUUUCCAACUAAACUUUGGGGGGGGGGGGGAAAGGAAGUCACAUGUUUUUAGUACAGUAUUUUUAAGUUCUUUUGAUUUAUUUCUGUACCGAUGUGAGCCAUAGUUUGCUUACAGACAUCUGUGAUGAAACAUUUUAAAUGAUUGUACCAACUAAGGCUGAAUGAAGGCUUUUAUUUUUGAAGGACUGCUUUAAGUGAACUUCAGCCUAUGGAAUGUUACAUACUUCAAGUGUCUUCUUUGGAGGACACAAAACACAAAAACAUGAAUGCUAACAAAUAUUGCAUCUGUUGUAUUAUUAAACAGGUAAGUACAAAACAAGGAAGUGUUAGCAGCUACUGCAGGAACUCGGGUUUUACCUGCGUCUUUUUGGGAAGGUGCCAUCUCGGAUGAGUUGGAAGAAGGUUCUGAUUUGAGUCCAAAGUGCAGCACUUCGCGGUCAGUGAGGAAUAAAGGAAGAAAGGAAGUCCACAAGGUGCACGCCCAUGGCUUCAAGAUGCAGAGUGUGGCUCUUCUUAAAGGGCCAGCGCUCCUCCUUUGCGCGAGGGUGGAAUGAGGCUCAUGAGAGGACCGCCUUAAAGGUCCUCACACUCCAGGAAGUGGGUCCUCUGGAGAACCUUGAUGUGGCGCUCGUAGAUUUUGAGUGCAGGGCCGAGGCGGAUGGACAGGCCUGUCAGCACGUCGCUGCGCUGCAUGAGGAGCAAAGACUUGCCGUCUAUCUCCUGUCGGUAAUCUGGGCCAACAUGUCAAUAAGGACACAAUAAAAGCCGCAUCAAGCACCAACCUGCAUCCUGAAGGCCAGUGCCUGCUCUGGAAAGCCAGCCUCAGAGAAGUAAGUGACCACGUCUGCCACGCUCCACUGCAGCAAGUUCUGACUCAUCUUCUCCUUCUUCACCGAGCUGCCAGGAGACGUGUAUUACAAGACAAGAAAGCAUCUCAUUUGUGACGACGGGACACUCACACGUCUUGGCUUUGAUCACCAUUCACCAGGACGUUGUUGGCCUGUGGGAAGGAGGACAGUGUCUCUGCGUUCUUCUUCAAGGAGUACAAGAUCCCCCAUGAUGAGAUGUUCUCCUGUGAGCGAAGGUUUUCUGUCAUGUGACCAGGCUCGUAAACGCUGACAAGUCACAUCUUUUACGUGCUUUUCUUAGAUAACGACAAUGAAUAGUGCCAUCAAUUACCAAGCACACUUUUUGCUUCAAAUGUGCUCAUCUUCAACCUACAAGAAGAAAGAUUUCACACUCCCACUCUCAUGAUAUAUCACGUCCACGGGGACUUCCUUUCACUCUGUGACAGUAUCGCCAUUUUCACCAGAUUUACACUCAAUCUAAGGAUAUAAUGUUUGGGAAGAUUAGUUUAAUAAUCACGUCUGAAAUAUUGGUCCCCUCUUUUUAGGGACCGACCGUAAAAACUCUAGUCAAAGAUCCUCAAUGUGACAGGAAUGUGCAACUGUUUUUAAGGACCUACUUUGAAAAUGCUAGUCAAAGAUCUUCUAUGUGACAGGAGAGAGCUGCUGUUUUAAGGACCAACUGCAAAAUAGCUCGUCAAAGGUUUUCCAUUAUGACAGGACUGCUCUGCUGUUUUUAAGGACCUUCGGUAAAAACUCUAGUCAAAGAUCCUCUAUGUGACAGGAGAGUGCUACUGUUUUUAAGGACCAACUGCAAAAAAAACUCCUGUCAAAGAUCCUCUAUAUGACAGAAAUCGUUUACUAUUUUUACUAAGCUACUUGGGAAAAAAAACAGUAAAAGAUCAUCUAUUCGACAGGAGUAUGCAACUGUUUUAAGGACUUGUUGCAAAAAUGCUACACAAAAGAUCAUCUAUGUGACAGGCGUAAGCGACUGUUUUAAGGACUUGUUGAAAAUGUUAGACAAAGAUCAUAUAUGUGACCGGUGUAUGCGACUCUUUUAAGGACUUAUUACAAAAAUCCUAGACAAAGAUCAUCUAUGUGACAGGAGUAUGCGACUGUUUACAAAAAUCCUAGACAAAGAUCAUCUAUGUGACAGGAGUAUGCGACUCUUUUAAGGACUUGUUACAAACAUGCUAGACAAAGAUCAUCUAUGUGACAGGAGUAUGCGACUCUUUUAAGGACUUGUCACAAACAUUCUAGACAAAGAUCAUCUAUGUGACAGGAGUAUGCGACUGUUUUAAGGAUGUAUUACAAACAUGCUAAACAAAGAUCAUCUAUGUGACAGGAGUAUGUGACUGUUUUAAGGACGUAUUACAAACAUGCUAAACAAAGAUCAUCUAUGUGACAGGAGUAUGCGACUGUUUGAAGGACUUGUUACAAAAAUCCUAGACAAAGAUCAUCUAUGUGACAGGAGUAUGCAACUGUUUUAAGAAAUUGUUACAAAAAUGCUAGAGAAAGAUAAUCUAUGUGACAGGAGUAUGUGACUGUUUUAAGGACUUAUUACAAACAUGCUAAACAAAGAUCAUCUAUGUGACAGGAGUAUGCGACUGUUUCAAGGACGUAUUACAAACAUGCUAGACAAAGAUCAUCUAUGUGACAGGAGUAUGCGACUGUUUUAAGGACUUGUUACAAACAUGCUAAACAAAGAUAAUCUAUGGGACAGGAGUAUGCGACUGUUUUAAGGACUUCUUACAAAAAUCCUAGACAAAGAUCAUCUAUGUGACAGGAGUAUGCGACUCUUUUAAGGACUUGUUACAAAAAUCCUAGACAAAGAUCAUCUAUGUGACAGGAGUAUGCAACUGUUUUAAGGACGUAUUACAAACAUGCUAAACAAAGAUAAUCUAUGUGACAGGAGUAUGCAACUGUUUUAAGGACGUAUUACAAACAUGCUAGGCAAAGAUCAUCUAUGUGACAGGAGUAUGCAACUGUUUUAAGGACGUAUUAAAAACAUGCUAGGCAAAGAUCAUCUAUGUGACAGGAGUAUGCAACUGUUUUAAGGACGUAUUACAAACAUGCUAGACAAAGAUCAUCUAUGUGACUGUUUUAAGGACGUAUUACAAACAUGCUAAACAAAGAUCAUCUAUGUGACAGGAGUAUGGAACUGUUUUAAGGACUUAUUACAAACAUCCUAGACAAAGAUCAUCUAUGUGGCAGGAGUAUGCAACUGUUUUAAGGACUUAUUACAAACAUCCUAGACAAAGAUCAUCUAUGUGACAGGAGUAUGCGACUCUUUUAAGGACUUGUUACAAAAAUCCUACACAAAGAUCAUCUAUGUGACAGGAGUAUGUGACUGUUUUAAGGACUUAUUACAAACAUGCUAAACAAAGAUCAUCUAUGUGACAGGAGUAUGCGACUGUUUUAAGGACUUAAUAACAAACAUGCUAGACAAAGAUCUUCUAUAUGACGAGACUGGGAAGUGUGCAGGUGUAUUUAAGGACCAACUGCAAAAAAACUCCUGUCAAAGAUCCUCUAUAGUGAUCUAUUAGCAUUUGAGUUGUUAUGUGUAACAUUUGUGUACAUUCCAAGAACUCCUUUGCAGUUUUGAAGAGGUAAAAGGUGUUGACUCACAGUCAUCUGAAGAUGACAAAACCUGGGCGCGUCCCUCGGACACAUCUGCGCUCCUCUCCUGCAGGGAGUACAUGAGGAAGUAGGGAAUGAGGAAGUAGGGAAUGAGGAGACAAUGAGGAGGUGGAAAGGCUGAGGGUCUUUACCAGUUGUGCUGCGUAGUCCGGGACCAGCUGGUCUGAGAGAGGACUGCCGUCCUCCUUCUUGUCUUCUUUCUGCACGUGCUCCUUCAGCACCACAUGGUGGACUACUGCUGACAAGUAGACAUUGGAAUGGAUCCCGUAGGAGAGAAAAUCAUUUCUAGUCCGUCAGUACCUUUGUGGGUCUGCACGCCGGGGUCCUGGCGCUCCACGGGGCCGCCAGCGGCACCAUAA